CAAAUCUUGACACGAUGUCGAAAUCGGAGAGCGACUUAAAGAAAGCAGUUGCGGUAGCGGACGACGAUGAGCCUGAUGAAUGGGACAAGCGGAUCUUCAGCACUGGCUGUGCCGGUAAAUCAAGAUGCGGAGAGCUUUGGAUCUUUGGAAUUCUGACGAAGAUGAAGCCGAGAAUACAAAGAUGAACGACUGUUACUAUGAGAAGAAAGACUGGAGGCUAUGCAAAAACGAGGUGAGCUUUCCAACUUCCCGGAUUUAGCGAUUUUCCCUCCAUAUCACGUGUCCUACCCACGAGGGGAACCGUCGUACUGAUUUCAUGUCUGAUAUAUAGCUCGAGGUAUUUCGAAAGUGUUGGAAGCGGCAACAAAAUGAUAAAAGGACCGAGAUGAAGGAUGCUUGAUGGAGUGGCGUGGAUAGCUUGUGUAGCAAUCGACAGGAUCACUGCGGGCGCUGAGGAAUGUAACAUUAAAUGUAGUAGUAGACAAUAUCUUACUCAGCAACA